AUGGAUGCGCUGGGUCGGCUGAAUCUAUUUGCGCUGGAUCGGUUAUUGAACUCGCAUGUGCAGCGGGAUCAUAGACGAAGACUAUAUCAGCUCCAGCGCAAUCUCGAUGCUAUAUUCAUGGAUCAACCAGCAGCGUUGCAAUACAUUCCGAACGGAAUGAAUCCUGCUCCGGAUCCAGAUCAGGUUAAUGAACCUUACAUGGUACCACCCAAUCCUAAUGAGGCUGGUGCUAUGGCACAACUUAAUCCUAAUGAGGCUGGUGCUAUGGCACCACCUAAUCCUGAUGACGCUGGUGCUGGACCGGACUUAGUCGCCAUCCAAGAGAAUGCUGGUGGGGAGCCUAAUCCCAACGGAAUUAGAGUGGAGCCUAUCGUUGAAUUAGGGCGGCAGGACAAGCUCCUCUUUUUUGCGUGCUAUACAGUGAUCCAUGCCACCACCUUCGAGGAACUGAAAAGAUUGAUAUUGUUGAUUGAAGUGGUUUCGGAAAGGACAUCAGACAUAAGUGCGCUAGAGAUUAGGAGCUUUCUCGAAGAGCUGACAGGUGAUUUGAACACGAGAAGUUACUUCUUCUGUAACUCUUGUCACCACUCACUGAUCGAGCAGCGAUCACUUUGUGAUAAUCCGCAGUGCGAGUUAAGAGGGAAACAUCCUAAGCGAUCAAAUUUACAAAGGAGAGCAACGCUUUCAUUGCUUGAUGUUCGCCCACAGAUUGAGACAGUCCUCACAAAACACUUGUCCCUACUCCUCAGCAUUCACCGACGCUUACACGAGGAUCAAAUUGACCAUGGUUGGCGUUCACAGCCUGCUGAUUAUCCUGAAUUCAAGAGAAAUUGUGAGUCUUCCUCUGACUUUCACAUGCACAAAAUUACCGUUCAAUUAACGCUAGCUACCGACGGAUUUACACCUUCUCGAUUGAACAAGCAAGAGCUGUGGCCGUUAUACAUACGAGUUGAUGAUUUCCCCCAGAAAAUCGGGAAUAACUACUCGAAUAUAGUCCUGGCUGGGAUUUUGCGAACAACAAAAACCCCUACCGAGAUCUUAUGGGAGGGACUUUGGAAUCAUUUGGUGGCGGAGCUGUCUAUUUUGAACGCCAACGAAUUCCUUCGAGUGCGUGAUAGAAAUGGGGAUAUGUGGACUGUCAGCCUCCGUUUGGUACAUGGUGUUGUGGACUAUCAGGGCUUAAAGGAUAUUUUUGGAAUUCCAUGCUGGAACUCUUACUAUGGCUGUCACAAGUGUCUAUAUCGUGGCAACAGGCAAGCGGGAACAAGAGCCCUCAACUGGUAUUGUGCAAAUCCGCAGGAUUGCCUUAAGAGAACAUCGGAAAACAUACUGCGUGAUGCAGAGCGCAGGGCAAAUGGACUCAACAGGGGGAGAACUUCGGCAAUGACCUUGUUCACGCCUGCAAUGUGCUGCGCCGACGCUCUCCACGUGAUUAGUGAAGGAGUUACCCAGGACCGCUUGCGAGAUUUGCUGUCUCGAUCAUCAAAGCUCGACGGUAUGAGACUGGCACGAGAAACGAUUGCGGAACUGCGCGGGGUAUUAGCGGGUGUAAGAAAUUAUACCUAUAGUCCGAAGUUCAUCCUUGGGUUCGAGGACCUGCCGUCUAUGACUGGAGCAGAGGUUGAGAUGCUGGCAAAUAUCAUCUUCCCUCUAGUCGGAGCCGCCGCUCUCUGUCCAUCUCCAUUAUGCACUGCAUCCCUCGUCGGGUACUGGUAUUGCAUAAAGGAACUGCAAGCUGUAGAAGAUCUUACCACCGUGAAUAUCGAGUUCGUACAAACUGCUAUGUGUCUUGUCAAGCAACUCUGGCAUGAAAUGUCAGACAGCAUGUUUACGUUAAAAGCACAUAAUCUAUUUGACCAUUGCGUUCUCGAAGAAGUUGAACUAUACGGCAGUCCUUAUGUAUGGAGCGCAGCCCCAUUCGAAUCUAUUCACCGCAUUCUGCAAGUUCCCCAUAAUCAGUAUGUAUCGAACUCCAAUGACAGAAUUCUUAAUAGAUUUGUCCAAAUGAAAAAGCUUGCGGUGCUCAUGGAAGAAGCAUUUCUGAGAAACCAUUCUGGAAGAUUCGAAAGUUUAUUAGGCGCUAUGAAAAAUGAAGCGAAAAGGCGAGCGAAAAUUGUCAUCGUGUAUCCAGGCAACGAGAAUAUUGCUGGCGCUGCCACUUCGCAACCAUCAACAUCCGGACUAAAAUCGUAUACAUACGCGGAACUAAGCCCUUUUAGUCUCCAAGAUCUGGAUUAUGCAGAGGAUGAGACGUCUGAGAUCCCGGCUUUAUCAAGUUCGUAUGCAGGGGAAGUAUCGGGAAACCUAUCGCCGGAGACGAGCAUGGAAUCGCACUACACGACAACUCCUGAGGUAAUGACUCCCAACAAUCGCGAACAGCCGAGGGUCGAACGCUUGACGAACACUAGCGGUCCUAUAGAAGCUAUUAAAGAAUCCCUUGGAAAGCCUGAGGGAACUUCCGACUUCGCUUCAGUGCUGUAUGCUUUUUUCUCGAAGGAAUCGUCGACGUUAAAUCGGGCUUCUGUAGAGAUUUGUGAUCCGCCAUACGAAAUAUGGGAUUACACCUACCGUGCCGCAAAUUCUCCCCGAGCAGAUAAGAGGUUGAUUAAUUUGCCGGAAGGCAUCAGUCACACCAUCACAGAGUUCAUAAUUGAUGCCGUAGGCCUAUCCCAUCCUUAUAUUUACAGUGGAAAACUUGCAAGCCUGAGAAAUUCCCGGGAAAGGUUCUGGUUGGCCCUUGGCGACACCGAAGAGAAUAGAGAAACACGCUUCAAGCAACUCUUAAGGGCGAAGACGACCUGGUUUGACAACUGUAAAACUUGUAUGACGCGAUCCCUAGAGGACAUCCGUUCCUACCGCAUGCACGACGGCCAGCUAGUCGCUCCCAAGAAAUACAAAGCAACCCUUGAGACGGGACUUUCUCGUCAACAAACGGCGGAAAUGUCAUCAGAAGAGAGAGAACAAGCUUUGCAGAAUUCGUAA